AAGAAGUCCUCUUUUCUUUUUGAAUGUGGACUCUAUCUCUUCACUUUCUUUUUCUGUCUUUAGUCUGUUUUCUCCAUUAAAUUUUUUCCUAGAAAAAAUGCAUACCGCCUUCUGUAUCAGGAAGUAAAUGUACCGAGGCGAUAAAGGCCCUACAAAUCAUGGAGUUUUCAUGUGCACUUUGUACGCAGUCCUCCUCCUUAAAGACUUGUAACAUACUCCAUUUUUUUACCACUAUGGAUGCAAAUACAAACCCAAAAAUCGGGCAGGAGUAAUCCAUAAACGUUCAUGGGUCCACUUAGUUCUCAUGUCAAUAUUGAGGCAACCAUGCAGACGCGACCAACCCUCACUGCCUUCGCGGUAUUUGGAAAUGCUAGAACUUGUACGGAAACUGAGGUGGUCAUAUUAGGUGCUGGUGUGGCGGGCAUGACUGCUGCAGAAACACUGCACAACAAUGGUGUCGAAGAUUUUAUCGUACUAGAGUAUCAGGACCGUAUUGGUGGGCGGAUGCACGAGGUUACCUUUGGCAAAGGGCAACAAUAUGUAGUGGAGGCUGGGGCUAAUUGGGUACACGGAACUGGAGGACCUGAAACACAUGUGAAUCCCAUCUGGGACUUGGCUAUUAAAGCCAGCCUCCGCACACUAACCAGUGAUGUUGAGAAUGCCACGGUAUACGACCAGACGGGAGAAAUACCACCCGAGCUCUUGUUCAACGCACUGGAAGCUGUCAGCGACGCCGACUCCGAGGUCCUCGCCGACGCUGGCAUCCGACUUCACCACCACCUCGAAGACCGUACAUACCGCGCGGCCCUUCGCCGACAGGGAUGGAACCCGAAAGAGACGAAUCACAGCCAAGGCGGAAGAAACUUCCGAGAUCUAUACCGCAGCAACGACCAAUGCGACGGCCAACGUAGGUUCUCCAUCAUCCUAAGGAAUGUAGCAGAUCCACUCUUCGAAGGACAGAAUGCUUGGCGCCUUCGGAAAAACACCAUCGUCAAAGAAAUUGAGCACGACGAUGACUCUGUGACAGCAUAUAGCACGGAUGGGAAAUGUGUGCGAGCCAACUGUGAAGUUUACGCCCGAGCUACCAAGGUGGAAGAAAGAUGCCAUUGCGAGCUUCGAAAUGGUCACGUAUACCAAAAUAUUCAUGCAAUUUCCGCAUUCCUUCUGGCCCACGAACCACCAUUGGACGUCCCUGGUAUGUUGGAAGGCUCGAAUAUCCUGGUCGUUACUGUUGUCAACGAUCAGGCGCAUCGGGUUGAGCGGCAAAGCGAGGACAAGACUCAAGCUGAGAUAAUGGAAGUAUUGCGCAAGGUCUUUGGGGACGAGAUCAUCCCGGAACCGAUAGAGAUUUACUAUACGAAGUGGACGCAAAAUCCUUGGUCGUACGGCUCGUACUCGAACUGGGCACCCGCAGUAUCUGCCCAGACCCAUCGGAAUCUCCGAGCGAAUGUUGGGCGGGUUUUCUUUGCUGGAGAGGCUACAAGCCCAAGCUUCUCGGGCUUUCUGCAUGGUGCGUACUAUGAAGGGAAGCGUGCGGCGAAGUCUAUUACUUCGUGUUACGACGACCCAGGAUGGGGUGACUGUAUGCCUGAUAGAGAAGGGGUUGGCACUACUCCGAUUUUGAGCUCUCGUAACCAUGGUUACUCUGUUUAA